AUCAUUUGCAACUUUUAACUUUUAAGUCAAUAUUGUUCAAGUGCAAAUCACCAUGAGAAUUUUAUCAUCAUUCUUACUUCUGUGUAUCGUCUCAUUCAACAAUGAAAUAUCCUAUGUUGAGUGUUCUUACUCACCCAACGGAACUAUUUUUUUGUACAACUCACUACCUAAAUCAAUUAGUGAUCCAAUCGAGUUCAUAGUUACAGUUUCUAAUUCCUCUAAGUCAAAUGACACAUCAUAUGAGUAUCGGUUCAAAUUUCACCAAUUUCCUGAACAUGAUAAAACCAUUGUCUCAACUUCAAUUCAAGUUCGAUACUCAGUAACAUUUGCAUCAACUUGUGUCAAGAAAAGUGGCGAAUUUACGUUACAAGUUGAUGUAUGGGAAGGUCAACUCGGUGUCCCUACACAUUUCAUAGGAACUGCUCCUAAAACCUUUCAUCUUUAUGCCUGUAACUGGAUUCAAAUUGAACACUAUGGACCUGUUACCCUUGAUGAACCAACCACUUUCACAGUUGAAAAUACCUUUGAAACAGAUGAUCCAUCAUUUGAAUAUCGGUUCAAAUUUGAACAAUUCCCUCAACAUGAUAAAACCUUCGUCUCAAAUGAAAGGCUAAUUGAAUAUUCAGUGACAUUUGAAUCAUCUUCAACACCAAAAGCUGGUAACUAUACAGUGCAAGUUGAUGUUUGGUUUCUUGGCUUCCCUUCACGUUUUAUCGCAACUGCUCUUCGUGCUUUUCAGCUUUCAGAUUCACUAAUUGGAUUUAUAAAUGCAGAGCAAUCCAUUGAAAAAGAUGAUAGUUUGGAUAAAAAUUUUGUUUCAACUGAGAUGCCAGUUAAACUGACUGCUAAGAUUCGUGAUCCAUCUGGGUAUUUCAUGGGACGAUGUGGAAUCCCACCAGCCAAUAUAACUUACAAAUGGAUUAUUAAUGAUGAAACACAAGAAGGAACCGAUAGUGUUAUUGAACAUACUUUUUCCCAGCCUCAACUGAACAACAUUUCAGUGAUUGUUACAGCAACUAAAACCAAUGAAAGUCGUCUUAUACAAAAAUCUGGUUCAUUCAACAUUACAUUGAAAAGUAAAGAUCCAAUUACUAACUUUACUGUUGAUGGUCCCACCGAGGUUAAAGUAUUUGAAAGACUUCAACUUGAUUUUAAAAUUCACGGAGGAACACCUCCAUUUUAUAUUACCUAUCAUUUUUCGAUGAAGAACCCCCACACCGAAAGAGAAAAAAUUGUAAAAGGCACGAAUGAAAGCCUUUUCUCAUUAAUCAAUUAUUUCAGCGAUAAAGGAAAAAGAGAUUUAUAUAUUGUUCUUGAAAAUGAUGUAUCUUCAUUUAGCAAGUCUAUGAUCAUUUCAGUCCAUUAA